UACAUUAUAGAGUUGAAUAAUCCCUCCACAGGUAAAGAUUAUUGUCCAUACGUCCAAAUCUCCAAACCCCACUCUUCCGAGUUCUAUUAAACAAGCAACAAGUUUGAUCUACCAACAUUUCUCUAUUCAUUUGUCUUCCAAUUCUCCGGAUGUUAAACCUUAAAACUAACUGAAACUGGAUAUUUUCUUAACUCCCAACAUCAUUAUCUGCAUAAAUCUUGGUCACCGAACCUAAACCUUAACCCAGUUCUAAUCGUUCUCUAUAUGCCAUAUCAUUGAAGUUUUAUUUGUUAAACAGAAAAGUUGUAGCUGGAAAUUUGUGUUAAAGAUUAGGGAACCCAACGAAGUUUUCAGAUAAAAAUGUCAACUUCAUCAGUCCCAGUUGGGAUUGGACCCAAUUCAAUCCUAUCCCCAUUUGCAGACCGGAGUAAAACCCUAAACCCUAGUUUUAGGAGAAACCAAUUGGGAUUUUCUUCAAAUUAUGGACCCUUUAUGCGGGGUACGCUUGGGGUGACCCGGUAUGGAUUGGGUCAGGUUCCAUUUCCUGACCCGGAUAGUGCCGAUGGAUUGAUUAAGGACCUGUUUGGCAGAGUUGAAAUGUUCUUGUAUACCGUUGCUGAUGCUGCUGUUUCUGGCUCCCCGGACCCGCUUACUGAUGCUACCACAACUAACCAGAGUGAUUGGCUUUCUGGGAUCACUAAUGGGAUGGAAGCUGUGUUGAAGGUUUUGAAGGACGGGCUCUCUACCUUACAUGUUCCCUAUUCUUACGGUUUUGCAAUUAUUCUCCUGACUAUACUAGUAAAGGCUGCCACUUUUCCUCUAACAAAGAAGCAGGUGGAAUCUGCGAUGGCCAUGCGCUCAUUGGCACCUCAAAUAAAGGCUAUUCAGGAACGUUAUGCUGGAGAUCAGGAGAGAAUUCAACUUGAAACUGCUCGCUUGUACAAACUAGCUGGCAUAAAUCCAUUAGCAGGAUGUCUGCCAACUCUAGCGACCAUUCCCAUAUGGAUUGGUCUUUAUAGAGCACUUUCUAAUGUGGCAAAUGAGGGACUUCUGACAGAAGGAUUCUUUUGGAUACCCUCAUUGGCUGGUCCCACAACAGUUGCUGCUCGACAAACUGGCAGUGGUACCUCUUGGCUGUUCCCUUUCAUUGAUGGCCAUCCUCCUCUUGGAUGGUCGGAUACAUUUGCGUAUCUAGUCUUGCCAGUUCUGCUGAUUACUACUCAGUACGUUUCUGUCCAAAUUAUGCAACCAUCACAGAGCAAUGACCCAAACUUAAAGAGUUCUCAAGCCAUUACCAAAUUGCUGCCCUUAAUGAUUGGUUAUUUUGCUCUUUCCGUUCCUUCCGGUCUAAGCCUCUAUUGGUUCACGAACAACAUACUAAGCACAGCUCAACAAGUAUGGCUUCAGAAAUUAGGAGGCGCACGAAAUCAUUUGAAGCAGUUCAAUGAUGAUAUUGUUAGGAAAGAGCUAUCCCAAAUGCAGAAGUCUGUCUCUGAAGCAACUUCAGAAAAAAUGACAGAUAAAGGAGAAAAGCUGACUUCAGAAGGGCUCCGUCCUGGAGAAAGGUUUAAACAACUAAAGGAGCAAGAAGCAAGAAGGCGGCAGCAACGAGAGGGAGAGAAAAGGAAAGCUGAAGAGGCUGCACUUCAACAGGAAAAUGGAGAGUUAAAGAAUGAAGUAAAUCUGGUUGAACCUGGACUUGAAGCUGAGAACACUGUGACUGACACAUGCAACACUUUUAACAAUGAACAUCGGGUUGUAAAUGGCACUACUUCUCCAAGAGCCAAGGAUGAUACAAGGACUACAGAUGGUUCUGGUAGUCAUGAAGAUGAAACAAUUGGUCAGGAGCCUUAUGGGACUACAGAAAAGGAAGAAGUUGCUUCUAGCAUGAUAGGUGGAGAUAACAGAUGUACCGGCAAAGAUGAAAACGAGAACAAAAGUGUGUAAGCCUCAAAAUGAAGCAAUUAAUAUACGUGGAUUUAGGGAUUAUCAGGAGUCAUUAGGCAUAUUGUCACACUUGAUGUUGGCUGAUCCUGGGUGGAGAAAUUGAUGCCUUUUCGCACAUAAAUUGCCGACACGAAAAGGUAAAGCUUGUCUUGGUUGAGAGUGCACGAAUCAGUUUUUCUGACAAGGGAGAAGGGUGUGGCAUGUAGUUAGAUGGUAGCUUGAUUAAGGGGUGAUUGUAGGAGUAGCUAGAAGAAGAGUUAUAUAAUGUAGGCAUCAUUGGCUUUAACAAAUCUUCUUUCUUUGUACGUGGGAUUGGAUGUUAGAGGAAAGCGUUUGUUUCAUGCUUUGGUUAGUUUGUCUUCAUGGAUGAUUUUUGUUGUCAAGUUAGAACCAAAUAUGAUAUGAUGCUUCAGUUACACAUAUAAAUAUGUUUAGAUGGAAUUGCAAAAUGAUUUUUUUGCUGUACCGUUUCUCUUGCAAUUUGAAAAUGCAGCGAGGAAAGUUAAUCA